GGACGACUGGCGGCAGUUCCGUUCGUUUUGAGUCCGACUCGAUCAUGGUGCGCUUCACGCAUGAGCAAAUGAAGAAGAUGACGCGCCGCGUGAUCAGCGAGUCCACGGAAUGCCAGCCCGAGUUCAUUUCAUACAUCACCGCCAUGGCCAAGAGCGACUGGGACAUCACGCAGUGCCGCCGCGAGUACCGCGACAUUUCCAAAUGCAUCACGUCCCUCAAGGAAAAGGGCAAGCAAAAGCCGUCGUUGAACCAUCUAGUGUUGCGUGCGUACAACAAGUCGUCCAAGUAGGCGACGGUCGGACAUCAUGGGUCGAAGACGGGGCCACUUUCUGCUCCGCAACCCUCGCACGCCCCCACGUAGUAUGUAUCAAUGAUAAGAAACACCAUCCAUUCCCUAGACA